GUCCAGAUGAAAUGAUUGAUCAGUGCACAUCCUGUUAUGAAUGAUAGUUUGUGAUUGAAAUUUGUGAUCAAUAUUUGUGAUAAAUGUUUGUGAAUUGAACAAACUACUUGGAUUAUUGAUGUCAUUAUCAUCAAACACCUUCCGAGAAAAUUGAUGAUACCUAGGAAAAUAUUGAAAACUUCCGGAUGAUGUACCUGAAAAUGAGUGAGUCAUAAGAAUACCCAGGUUCUGUCAUAUAAUCAUACAAAAUAAAUAGAGGACUAUUGAUCUACGUCAUAGCUAUUUUAGUAGUAAAAAUUAGAUGAUAGACAUAACCCACAUCACGACAGUAAAUCCCAGAUAACUCAUAUUUCGAAUUAAGCUAAAAAAUUAGGAAGAUAUCAGAUAACACGAUAAUUCGAAUAGUCCCAUUGGUGCCAAUAAAGAUAUAAAGAAAUCAAGAUGUUUGCUAUUAUGCAGAUAGAUAACGACGUUAGUGGAGGACAGUUCAGAAGAAAAAUGCGUUCGAAGUGCGAGUUCAUUUGCAAGUAUUGUCAAAGAAGAUUUACGAAACCCUAUAAUUUGAUGAUACAUGAGAGAACCCACAAGAGCCCCGAAGUUACUUUCAGCUGCGAAGUUUGCGGAAAAAGUUUCAAGAAACAGGAUAACCUUAAACAACAUAGGACAAUUCACUACCCAUCCAGUGCAACAUGUAGUUGCUUGAGUGGCAGAUAUUAAUUUUCAUAGGCUUUCAAUAACAAUUUUUCAGAAUGCAGUAUUUACAAUUUUCAGUAUCUAAUUUUUAUCGUGUAUAUAUUUAGAAUAGGUGUAAAAAUAACAUAUGAAUGUUCUAUCAUUGAAAUUUAUUUCAAAGAAUCGACCACAACUUUCUAGUCUCAAAAAUGUUUUUCGAAUGAAUAUCAGUAGAAUUUUUAUAUUUUCAUGAUUUUCAAAAUGUUAUUCAUCACUGAUGGUUCAAUGCACAUUUCAUGAAAAAAUCGUUUUGUUGGAAUUUGUCUCAAGAGAUUUCGAAAUAAAACUUCAAUUGCCAAUAUUCAUCGCUUCAACUGGUCUGGUUAUUUUUGGAAAAAAAUACUGAAUAGCAAUUCAGUUUGAACGCUUUUGAGGUAGAAAUAUCAUUUCUGUUCGAAACAAGUAUAUUUAUACCUUGAGAAAGAAAACUUCUUGAUGCUGUCCAAACAACGCUUACUAUUAUACAGAAUGUAAUAAGUUAUAUAACAUUCAUAUUGUAAUCCAAAACAUUCAUGUGAUAAAUAGAAAAGUUGAAUCAACUUGAAAAUUCUAAAUUAAAGGUGACCAUUAUGUGAAACAAAAAUGAUGAAUUACUAGAACAUCCAGCCCUGAGAACUGCAAUAUAGCAGGUGUUUAACUUACACUAAAUUGUUGAAUAUUCUAUGAAACUAAAUUCAUUUUUGUAUCUCAUGAGAAGUUAUUUGCGAAAACAUAUCCAUUUCCACAAUUUUAAUGAUUAUUGGUACUGUUAUACAUUUCAAUUGGUUCAGUAUUUUUCAUGCACCAGAAAAUUUCAGUUCUCAGGACUGGCAGGACAUUUGAAUGAU